AUGGCACCUCAUGCCGAGGUCUUUCCUCCUCCUGACUAUUUAUUUGCAAAACAUCAAAGCAGUAAACUCGACAAGCUCAUUCCGUUGACUCAAGUCACCGAGUUUUCUGAAGCCUACAAUGAGGAUGGCACAAUCAAAGAGCCAUUUCAUCGCACCCCGGCCUUCCCGAUAGAAAAAUUACCUGGAGCCCUGCCAGAGAACAAGAUCUCGCCCUCUGUCAAUCAUGUCGCUGCCAUUAACUAUUGCCUGGAAUAUUUGGAAGACUUUAACGCCGAUAUUUUUUGUCAAAGUGGCAUUUGGAGAGACAUAUACGCCCUCACUGGAAUUCCACGAACCUUUUACGGUCCCCAAGACAUUCGCUCAGCGUGGACUGAUCUUGAAAAAUCCCACAAUCCUUCGGGCUUUGGCUUGAUCGGAGGCACUUCGAAAGUUGUCAAUUUGGGUAAUGGUCAUUCUUGGAUCCAGGCUCGAUUUUCCUUCGCUACUAGUGGUGUUCUUGCUAGUAAAUGCUCGGGCCAAAUGGGAAUUGUCCCUGACACAGAGUUUGGAUGGAAGAUCUGGUUCUUGACUACCAUUCUUGAAGAGAUCGAAGGGCUACCCAAUCCAGACUCAAUCGCGCCAGAAGUUCUUCAGAGAGGGGCCCCCAAUCCCAGAUCCACAGGCAACGACUUCGAUUGCAUAAUCGUUGGGGCAGGGUUUGCCGGACUUUGUCUUGCUGGCAGAUUGAAGGCAAUUGGGAUCAGCUACAUCAUUAUUGAAAAGAAUGAAAAAAUUGGUGACAACUGGACCUCCAGAUACGACUCUGCCAGAUUUCAUACCUCUAAAUACUACAGUGAUAUGCCUCUCGGGACAAUUUUUGGUGAAGGCUAUGAUUACUUCCCAACUGGAAAGGAACUGGCACGCGGGUAUCAAGAAUACGUCAACAAGCACAAGAUUAAUGUCUGGUUAUCAAGCUACCUUCAAUCUGCCUCUCUAGACCAGACAAGCAACAUAUGGACUAUCGAAUGCACGAGGAACGGGAGUUCCACGACAAUCAAAGCUCCCCACUUCGUGUUCGCAAUUGGUGCCGGUGGGACAGUCCCCAAGAUGCCACAAUUGCCAGGUAGGGAGAAGUUUAAUGGUACCGUGAUCCACUCCGCCACCUACAAGAAUUCCUCAGAGUGGACAGGGAAGCGUUGUGUGAUCGUGGGAGUCGCAAAUACCGCACACGACGUUGCCGAAGAUAUGCUAGAUGCUGGAGUCACUGAGGUGACAAUGAUACAGCGUGGUCGCACAUCCGUUUUCCCCAUCGAACAUUACAAAGCUUGGUCGGACCCAAUCUACAAUGAGACCUCGUACAUUGAAGACGCAGAUAGACAGAUUAUGGCAUUGCCGCUCGUUGUUACCCGCUUGGCUGCCUUACAUGGAGGCAGACCACUUGUGGAUGCUGAGCCUGAGCGUUUCGAUUCGUUGGAAAAAGCGGGUUUCCGCGUGGAAAGAUACGGGGAUCUGUGGAAGCUUCUUACAGACAGACUUGGAGGUCAUUACAUGGAUGUUGGUGCUUCUGCCAAAGUAUCAGCGGGCCUGAUCAAAGUCAAAGGCGAUGCCACCUUGACGGCAUAUGACGAAACAGGUUUGGUUUUCAGCGAUGGAAGCCAUCUUGAUGCCGACGUGGUUGUCUUCUGCACCGGAUAUUCCCAUGAUGUCCGCGGCCAGGCUAUUCAGUUUAUCGGUCAAGAGCUGGGAGAGCGUUUGGAUGACUAUUGGGAGAUUGACAAUGAGGGUGAGCUUCGAGGAGUGUAUAAGCCUCACGGUUUGCCCGGAAUUUGGUAUACCGGUGGCGGUGUUACAUUCGCCCGUUUCUAUUCGAGAUUUCUGGCACUGCAGAUUGGUGGUGAUGUCUCUGGUAAAGGUUUGAAAAUCUACGAUAAGAAGUAUUCGCGCCAUUGA